AUGUCCAAGCUUGGCCUCGCUUCUGAGGUCCACAAGCUACCAAUCCCAGAUCUCAGAUUUCAGCAGACUUUUCAAAACUCGCUGAAAAGGGAAGCCAAAAAGAAUAAGAAAGUUGGCACUGAACAAGCCAAUGACGAAGGAACAAUCAAUGCCGCUGUCAUUUGUAAAGUAGUGCUACGAGACGUUUUGUUUUUGGCAUUCGUUCAAAGAAUUCUUUGGACCACUGUUUUAAUUGCAAUGAAACCUUGGCUGCGAUACGUUGUUCGGCAGGGCCAAACAUCUGGACGUGCCAUCUAUAACUUGGUUCUGGGCAAAAACUUGAUCCCAAAGAAUUGA